GAAAGAGAGAGAAAACAGAAAACAGAAAACAGAGAGAGACGCCCCGUCGAGGGCGCGCGUUCGCACCUUCUUCUCUUCUUUAUUCUUCGUCUUCGUUGUCUCCGUCAUCCUCUUCGAGGAUCAAUCGAGGAUUCUUCCUUCUUUCGCGAGUCGAGGCCCGCUCGAAGGACCGUCGAUCGACGGGGUCCUCGCGUACGUUUUCUCUAAAACCGAUAUCGAAACAUAGACACAUAGAUAGAGAGAAAGAAAGGAAGAGAGAGAGAGAGAGAGAGAGAGAGAGAGAGAGAGAGAGAGAGAGGAAGAGAGAAAGAUAGAAAGACGUGUGACCGUUUGUAGUGCAGUGCCUCGUCCAUGUGAACACGAUGACAACCACUAUUAUUACUAUUAGUACUACUAUUGUUGCUACUAUUAGGAUGACGACAAAGACGACGACGUUUUGCUUGCUCACGCGGAAAGUCUGUGAUAGUCGAUGACAGCGACGCCAUUGCUCGGAUUAAACGGACACAGACGGCCGAGGAUCGUGUUCCGGGAAUCGUCUUGAUUGGAAGAUCCGAUGACCGAAGGACCAAUAUUCGAGCCAACAUGCCAGUCGGAUGCCAGUGAAGAAGAAGUGUCCUCUACCUGUAACUAAUUAAUAUGUUACUUAGCUAGUUGAAUUAGUAAGUGAUAUGUUUGAUCUAUAUCUUCGCGGUGACUGUGGAUGACACUGACGUGAUAGGAAUUUCUAUCAACUGAAACGGCGCGAGUGAAUUUCGUUUUUAUUUUUCAAUCCUCGUGUUUUCGGAGGGUGGAAAAAGGUAGAAAAAAAAGUUAAUAAGAAAGAAAUAAAAGAGAUAAUUACCAUUCGAUUUGCUCGCACCUCCGUCCUUUCUUCUUUGUUUUUUCCUCUCUUCACGCGUAAAGAAAGACAAACGGAGUGUUAAUUUAUCUUAGAAUUCAUUCAGCGAGAAGUAUUCUUUCGCUUGCGGUUUAUUCUCUCGUGAUCUAUCGAUCUUUCGGGAGUGAAGUGAAACGGGACGUUCUUCAAAAGAGGAAAACGAUCGGAAGUAGUAGAAAGGGAGCGAGUAGUAAACGGGCGAGUGCAGUGACUGACUUACAUCGAGAACGCCAACCUGCAAUCAAGGUUCAUGGUUUUCAUGGAGGAGAGCGAGCUCUCGAGCAAGCGGUGGGCUAGUGCGCCCCGCCGCCCGGACAGCCCCUGCGUCCUGGGGGCACCGACGUCUAGGGAGGCGGCGGGACCGCCGGUGCAGCUGGAACCAGUGGACCUGUCCGUGAAAACUCCCGUGGUGUUGCAGGUGCCUCGGUAUAAUCCAGCGGUGAUAAUUAGUGCCGCUGCAAGAAGAGUACCUUCACCAUCGACAACGCCUACACCACCGCCAGCAUCUCUUUACGUCUCUUCAACCGUGUCGCCAACGUUGCCAUCAUUGGGAGAAGCAGCAUGGGAAAGGGAACAGGAACGAGAUCGGGAAAGAGAGAGGACACGAGAGAGGGAACGCGAAAGAGGACGAGAUAGGACUGCCGAGAAUGAGAGGGAACGACAACAGGAACGGGAGAGUGCGAUCAGGGAGAGAGAAACGCGAGAUCGAGAGAGAGAACGAGAUCGCGAUCGUGAGAGACAAAGGGAAAGGGAAAGAGAAAGGGACGUAGCCGUUUGCGUUAUGGAACCACCCGACCCAGUAUUCGUAUCAUCCCCUGCAGCACUUCUCGCUUUGCAAAGGAUAAAGGAGGCAUCUCUUGUCUUUCACAAACGACCAACGUUGGCGAGUGGCAUCGGAUUGAGCAGUAGAGCCAAUGCCGGCGUGGGUGGAAACGGAGCUAGUUUAGGGGUCGACAGUGAGUGCGGCGACGCGUUGAAAAGGCGCAAGGUUCACAGAUGUGACGUAGCAGGCUGUGACAAGGUCUACACUAAAAGUUCCCACCUGAAGGCACACAAGAGAACUCACACCGGAGAAAAACCGUAUCAAUGCACAUGGGAAGGUUGCACGUGGAAGUUUGCACGUUCGGACGAGCUUACGAGACAUUAUCGCAAACACACCGGCCAAAAACCGUUCAAGUGCCAUCUUUGUCAGCGAUCGUUUUCUCGGAGCGAUCAUCUCUCUCUACAUAUGAAGAGGCACUGAUAAGCUAACGUCCGAACAUGACAAAGAUAGAUAUUACGAGAAGAAGAAUAGAGAAAGAGAGAAAGAGAGAAAGAGAGAAAGAGAGAGAGAGAGAGAGAGAGAGAGAGAGAGAGAGAAAAGAACGGUGGAUAGCGGAAAGAAGAAAAGGAUGCUGUUGAGCUCAAACUCAUCGACGCAACCACCGAAAAAAAAAGAAAAAGAAAAAAAAAUCAAUAUUUAAAGACUACGACGACGGAAACGACGAUUUUUACAUCGGGACCUGAAGAGCUUAGGCACUAAUUUAGGAUAGUCGUCUCGUUAUGAACGACAAAGCCUGGCCGAAUGAAACUAGAGAAGAAAGUUGAAGAAUUUUUAGAUUGUUCGUUUAGACUUAGAGCUUUUUCUAUAUUUUUUUCUUUCCUUUUGGUUUUCUUUUCUUUCUUUUUUUUCUCAUUUUGUUUAUUUUUUCUUCUCGCUCUCUUUCUUUCUCUCUCUCUCUCUCUCUCUCUCUCUCUCUCUCUCUCUCUCUCUCUCUCUCUCUCUCUAUCUAUCUCUCUGUCUCUAUCUGUCUCUAUCUAUCUCUCUGUUUCUAUCGCCUUUCAACACGACGAUUAUCUCACGCGAUGAUUAUCAUACUUCUCGACAUAUUUUUCUUUUUUUUCUUCUUUUUCCCUUCCAACUCCGAUAUUAAAAAUAUUUUCCCAUUCGAUUUUUGUUUCUCUCGCCAAUCAAAUUCCUACGUAGUUACAUAUUGCACAUCGCUUUUCAAUUUUAUCCGUAUCAAUUCGGCCUUUUAUUUUUUCUUCUUUUCUAUUUUUUUCGUUCCUUUUCGAAAUCUCCUACGUUCUCGUUUCUCGAGACACUGUCGUCGUAAACUCACGACGAGUAGAACGAGUUAAAGUUAUGCUGAUAUUAAAUUAUAUUGACGUAGGUUAAAAAAAAAAGAAAAGAAGAAGGAAAAAAAACAGAAAAUAGAAAAAGAUGAGAAAAGAGAAAAGCGAAAAUGAAAUGAAGUUGUUCGCAAUGUUUAAAGAGAAAAAUUUGCAAAAAAAAAUAUCAUCGAUAGGCUAUUAACUAUAAUACAUAACAUCGAUCAUUAUGCACAAAGAAUUUCGCGUUUAGAAACGGACAAUCAUUUGCGUUUCGUUGAACGAAAGAUUAGAAGACAUUCUAAAAGGUCAGUAUUAUAAGUGCAUUAAGCAAUAUCGUCGUGGCAUUAAAUCAAUGCUUCUUCGUAUAUAUACAAUACAUAUACAUAUAUAUAUACACACACACACACACACACACACACACACACACAUAUAUUUUUUUUUAGUCGUACGCUCUUCGAUCGUUCGAAAGGAUUUUUUUUUCUUUUUUUUUUUUUAACAACAAAGAGCAAGGACGACGUAGGCGUUAAUUCGUCGAACGAAUAAUUUUUAAUAGCCUCACGUCAAGGUGCCAAAUAUAUAUACAUGUAUAUAUAUAUAUAUAUAUAUAUAUAUAUAUAUAUAUAUAUAUAUAAAGAAAAAAGGAAAAAAAAUAUACUAAAGAAUAAUAAUAAUGGUGCAAGGAUUUUAUACGUACGCGUUUAAAAUUGUUAAAAUUAAAUAAUCGAUUGUAAUAUAAGAUAAGAGACGCUCAUAUCAGAAUUUUGUAUGAUCACGAAAUAAUAUUUUAAAAUUUCGGACAGCAUCCUUAAAUGAUGAUAGUGAUCGAUAAUUUUGGAUAAAUGGUAACGGCAGCCUUGACGUUAAAGCCUAAUUAAACAGCUUCGUUUAGCACGAGAGAGAUAAAACUCGAAUGGGGGGAUCAUUCGACUUUGCGCUUCUAACUUAUGGAUCGCAAAUAUCACGGGACCUCGCAAAUCAGCACGCAUUUACUCGCAACUAUUUUGUGCUUAGAGAUAAAAGAUUUCGAUGAUAAGAGGAUGAAUAAGAUAGAUCGAAUAAAAAGAUUGGUCGAAAGAGAUUCGAUCUGAUUGCAAUUGUUACGUUGACGAAACGGAUUGAUUUCCUUUUUAUUUCGCUAAUACGCUAAUUACGUUCAAUACGUAAAUUCAAUAACGAUAACGACGACGAGGACUCUGACGGGGACUAUGACGAAGACUAUGACGACGACGAUGAUAAUGACGAGUACGACGGUCGAUGGUAAAUUAACAUUGUUACGUGUUGUAUUCCGAUAGGUAAUAGUGCCUUCUAAGAUUAAGGAUGAGAACGCUGCGUUAGGCCUUAAGUAUUACUGCUAGUGCCUUAAGUCACGCGAAUCUUCGUGCUUGUACACCUUUCAUAAUCCGACCCUUCGAAUCCUCGCCCGAAGGAACGACGGGCAAAAUCUUCACAACUCGUAUGCGUUUAAACGUCUUCUCGAUACGAGAGUCGCAAAUCGUGCUCGAACUUUCACUCCUCGUGACUCGCUGUACCGUGGUGUCUACUAGUUCGUCGAUCGAUCUGUCAUCGAAACUCGAAAAAGUUAUUUUGUUUGCUAACUGUUCUAAUCUUAACGCUUUUCAAAAAAAAAAAUUAAAAAAAAAAAAAAAUGAGAAAAGGAGAAAACAACAGUAAAAAAAAGAAAAGGAAAGAGAAAAAGCAGAAAGAGAGAGAAAGAGAAAAAAUACCUACAAAAAAAUAAUACAUCGAAUCUUCAUCGAUUUCAAAUUAGCAAUACCAAUAGAUCCCAAUGAAAAAAUAAUCAUUAAUAUACUUGAUACAAAUUUCGAAAGUUUCCAAAUCCUAUAUAUAUAUAGGUGAGUCACGAUUAAUUUUUCCUUCGCAUAUAACAUUAUUAUUAUCAUUAUUUCUGUCGUUAAUAUUUCCCUCCAUCCUCCCCCUGCCUCCGCCCACGGAGCACGAUUAUAAUUAAAAAUUUCCAUAAUGAAGGUGGAUAAAAUAUGUAGUAUGUAGUAGUAAAAUACGUGGACCCUGGGGAUAUAGAUCUCGUUAAAGAAAGCUAAUCGUAGAGACACGAGGACCGGGCGUGUCAUCUUGGUCGAUGGAUGCAAAAGCGCGAAACGCAGAAGAAGAGCUCUCUCUCUCUCUCUCUCUCUCUCUCUCUCUCUCUCUCUCUCUCUCUCUGUCUCUCUCUCUCUCUCUCUCUCUCUCUCUCUCUCUCUCUCUCUCUCUCUCUCUCUCUCUCUCUCUCUCUCUCUCUCUCUAGCCGCUCCGGGUAGCUUGUAAAUAAUUUUCGCAUCGUCGUCCGCGCGAAAUUCAAUCUGAAAAUGGACGAGGUGCCACCCAAGAGGCCGUUUUACGAUCUUGAUGACUGAUACCGUUGUACCUUCCUUGUAGGGAAUUUCUUCGGGCUUGAACAGCCGACAGUAAUCUGAGCGCAGUGCGGGCGAUGAGAAAUGUAUACUGACGUCACGCCGACACCAUCCUUGAUCAUUAUCAUUUUUUUUUCUCCUACUACUCGCGCGAACGCACGCCAGGUCGUGCACUUACUUAUGUAUAUAAAGUAGAUCCCUUUCAACCCUCCCACCCCUUCUUCUUCUUCUUCUUCUUCUCCUUCUUCUUCUUUUUCUUCUUCUGCUUCAUCUUCUUCGUUCUUACACUUUAAGAUUUCAAAUACGAGAUCGCCCUUGAAUCUGAGAAAAAAAUUCCAACGUACUAUGACGAUCGCGUGCAUUAAGUUCACUGCAAAAUGAGCCAACUUAUGUUUCACGACGGUAAUGCGAGACCUAUUCGAUCUAUUUAAUAUAAUAAAACUCGGCCGGUCGAAUCGAUGAGUGGCCAAGAAAAUAAAGGAUUCAAAUUUACCGUCCGAUUUUUCAUUUUCUUUCUAAGGCCGAUCCAAGGAAAAAUUAUAUAGCAUUUCAAGUGCCUUAAAAUAUGUUGUUCGACCGGUCGAGAGAUCCUUUUCGAGAUUCCAUUCGCUAAGAAUUCACUUUUCGUUGCUGAUUAUCAUGAGAGAUUAUCGUCGAUGAUUCGAUUAUUGAAAAAAUAAUCGAAUUAAUAUUAAUACAAAAACGAAAAAAAAAAUGUUAGAUAUAAUCGUUCGAUUUCCUCUUUGGAAAUAAAUCUCGCUAACGGUUCCUAGAUUCGUCCUAAAAUUCGUUAUAUUUUAUUGUUCGUGUUAACUUCGUUAUUAAAAAUUUCAUUGUUAAUAUAUUAACUAUUUACUUUUGUUCGUGCAUUAAAAAAAUGCAUCGAAUUAUAAUAUUGCAGGGUAGAAAGAGUUUCAUAUACGAAUAAUCUAUAUAAUCUUAUUAUAUCUAAGGAAUGCAACAAUAAUAAUUUUACUAACCUUUGCAUCGCUAUGACACCAAAAUAAUUAUUGCAUCAUUUUCCCCAUUAACAUAUAUUUAUAUGUAUAUAUAUAUUAAUUUUUUCCCCAUUAAUUAUAUCUAUAUAUUAGUGCAUAUAUAUAUAAAUGCACAAUUCUAUAUUUUUCUCGUAGCUUUUUUGUGAUAAAAGAAAGAAAAAAAAGAGUAAAAAAAUUAAAGGAAGAAGAAAAACAUACAAAAGUUAAUCUAUUACAACUGCAUUAUCAUAAAAAUGAUCAAUUACACAAAAACGAAUUUCGGAAAUGAUAAAAUAUAAAAAAAA